AUGGCCGAUUUGAAACAUCUUUUAAGGCAUCGCCUUUGGAAAGAACAUGUAGUGGAUUUAAAGACGGACAAAGUGUUUUGCUCUCAAUGGCUCAAUGAUAGGCAAGUUGUGUUUGGUACUAAGUGCAAUAAAUUAAUGUUGUAUGAUACUACGAGGCAAGUGUUGGAUCAGAUCCCAUUACUAAAUGGUAGGUUAAAUGCAUCUGCCGGAUUUGGAUAUACUGCAGAAACUCAAAUAGGCAUAGGCUCUGCUCAGAUAAAUCCUUUCAGAACACUUUUAGCUACUAGAGGAAAAAAUAGCACAGAACUAGCUAUUUACAAAUUGCCUUCACUAGAUCCUUUUUGUGUCGGAGAACAAGGGCACAAAGACUGGAUUAUUGGCCCGUGUUGGUUGGAUGACGAAUUUUUAGUUUCGGCUUCAAAUGAUUCAAAAAUGACUUUGUGGAAAAUUAAAAGAGAUUCGUCUGAUGGAACAUCUGAGAAAAGGGGUGUAUCAACGCACAGAUUCAGAUAUAGAAGGGUAUACACCCCGGGUACACCCCCAAAAAGAGAUAUGGAGGGAAAGUCUCAACCUACUAACUCACAAAUGGAGUGGAGAAUGGAUAAUCUGGAGAAUGCUCUCGAGAGACACUCCGAUAUACUCGACAAUCAUGCUGAAAUAAUCAGAGAUCAAACAGUAGCCAUACUCGAUAUGAAGGAAAAUAUUGACAACCUAAACACCGUCAUACAGAAACUCACAGAACAAAUAGGAAAAUUAACUUGA